AUGACGCUGCACCUUUACACGCUCUCACCAGAGCGUGUCACGGACUUCAAGCUCCUGCCUGCCGUCGCACGAAUACAUUUCGCAGCAUGGAUGACGAUCGAGCUCAUGCAGACAGCAUACUACGGCCCCGAAAGCUCUCAUCCUGUCAUAACUCAGAAAUACCUCGAUCGACACACGCAUUCGUUGCAGAAUGAACGGCAAUGUCGAUUCGUUGUUGUAGUCGACGACGAACUGAAAGAUGAAGCUACCCCAAAACACAAAGAGCGCAGUACCGGGACUGAACAGGUCUCAGGGAGGCCGCGCGGGCGUGUCAUUGCUGCAAUCAAGUAUUAUCUCGUCCCUGCAGGAGGCCCGCAUCCAGAUACCGGUACUCAAGAGGUCAUCGACAAUCCGGACCAGUCCGUGCACGGCUUGACGUAUGAGAACGAGGCGCUGGGUAAUGCCUUCGUCGGCCCAAUGGUGGCCGCUCGCAAGCAUGCGAUGAAGACUCUCGGCGCACAUAUGGUCAUUGACUUCCUCUACACGGAUCCUGCACACCAACGCCGUGGUGCGGGCGGUAUGCUCAUGCGUCAUGCGUGUCGUGAGGCCGAUGAUCUGGGGUUGCCCACCAUGCUGGAGGCUAGUCCUGCCGGUAUGAGCGUGUACGGGGCUUUUGGCUUCAGGAAGGCAGAAUGGCCCGGGGCAGAAAUCUGGAUCGACCUAAAGAGAUGGGACAAUGGGGGGGACAAAGGUCAAGAAUUCGAGGACGAGAGGCUCGAGGCGGAUCCCGGCAGGAAGAACGGAUGGUACGUGCAGAUCGUCAUGGUCAGGCCAGCACAAGCUACAGGCAACAGUGGAAAGGUGCCUGUAGAGGCAGGAUACCAAGACGCCAUUGUGGUAUGA